AUGGAGAAGAAAGAAUCAAAAAUAUCAAAUCCGAAAGAGGAUACCAGUCAGGGUGAUGUUCUGCCGUAUCGACAGACUCAGCGUGGUCUGGCGUCCAGACAUGUUCAGUUGAUGGCUAUUGGAGGGUCCAUUGGGACUGGGUUGUUUGUUGGUAUUGGAUCUUACUUGCGAGAUGCUGGUCCUCUUUCUCUUUUCUUGGGGUAUCUGGUUUGGGGAUGUCUUUUCAUUUUACCGGUCAAUCUGUGUGUGGGUGAAAUGGCUGCGUAUCUUCCUAUUCGUGGGUCGAUCUUUGAGCUUGCUGCGAGAUUUAUUGACCCGGCUUUUGGGUUUGCAAUGGGCUGGGUAUACUUCUACGGUGGUGUGAUGUUAGUCUGUACAGAGUACUCUGCCGUUGCAACCGUCAUGGGAUACUGGGACACUGGCGUCAAUCCUGCUGUAUGGGUAGCCAUGGCGCUCAUAGUAUGCACUGUGCUCAACCUUGUUGCCGUAAAAUGGUAUGGCGAGAGUGAGUUCAUCAUGGCAUCAACCAAGAUCUUCCUCCUCAUCGGACUCGUCCUCCUCACCUUCAUCACAAUGGUUGGCGGAAACCCCCGACACGACGUCUACGGCUUCCGAAACUGGACAGACGGCGUUAUGUUCGAGUAUUAUACCGAUGGUGACACUGGUCGUUUCUUGGGAUUCUUCAGUGUGAUGGUGUACGCUGCUUUCUCAGUUGCUGGACCCGACCUUCCAGCCCUGGCAGCUGGAGAAAUUCAAAAUCCCCGCGUUACCAUCCCCCGCGUCGUGAAGAUGACAUUCUGGCGUAUCGUUGGAUUCUACGUCGUCGGUGUCCUGGCAGUAGGUAUCAUCUGCAACCCCCGCGAUCCCCACCUCAUGUCUGCAAUCAGUGAUGGUGCAUCUGGAUCUGCGGCGUCGCCUUGGGUCAUCGGUAUUCAGAACCUGGGAAUAACCGGUCUUCCCGAUCUCAUCAAUGUCCUCAUCUUGCUUUCUGGGUGGUCGUGCGGAAAUGCAUACCUCUACAGCUCAAGCAGAACACUUUACUCUCUUGCUCGUGAUGGACAGGCACCCAAGUUCCUGUUGAAAUGUACUGCUUCAGGCAUUCCGAUCAACUGUGUACUCGUGGUUUCAGUCUUAUCGUGCAUCACCUUCCUCGUGGCUGGCAGCUCUUCCGUUGAAGUCUUCUACUGGUUCGUCGAUUUGACUACCAUCGCCUUCGUUCUCACAUACACCGAUAUGCUUUGCGUAUUCAUUGCCUGGUAUCGCGCCAUGAAGGCGCAAGGCAUUGAUCGCAAGACAUUCGUGCCCUGGGCUGCACCUUUCCAGCCAUAUGGAGCGAUUCUCGCUAUAGUGAUUGGCUGCUUGACUGCAUUUUUCAAUGGGUUCUCUGUCUUCAAGCCUUUCAGCGUACAGGGCUUUAUCACUUCGUACUUCGGUCUCGCGUUUUGGCUCGUGAUGUUCGUCUUCUGGAAGAUCUAUCGUCGAUCUUCGUUCGUGUCUGUGAUUAAUGCGGAUUUAUACUCUGGAAAGGCAGAGGUUGACGAAGAAUGCAAGAUUUGGGAAGAGGGUGGCUGGGAGGAACGUCGGAAGGCUGAGCUGGCUAAGAUGAAUUGGGUACAUCGUGCAUGGGAAAAGAUGUGGUGA